AUGGCUGCCGAUCGUCGGAAAUAAGAACAUGGUGUUAAAACCAUUAUCUCUGAAAUAUGUGACUUUUUUUGUAAACGUAAAGUUUCUAAAGCAGAAACCGAAAAUCUGAAGGAAAACAAAAACAUGCGUGAAAGUAAUUCAAACGGGUUUGUUUUUUGUAGUAGCCCGUUAUCGGUUGAUGUGAAGUACACGGCUUGCCGCUUUAGCUUAACCUUGUGUCUUGCCGAGACGUUGUAUUUAUAAAGUUCUCCUUCUUCAUUCAUUGUCUGUGAAAACUGUGACAAUCUGCCAUCUCUGAUCAUGGCUAUGGAAAAGCACUAUAUUGUCCGAGAGACACACACACGUGGCAUCACCGCUCUCGGAUUUAACUCGCACAGGAGGGAAAUUCUUAUGGGUUGUGAAGAUGGUGUUGUGAAGACCUGGGAAGCUGAAAGUGGCAGACUUCUACUGAGUGCAAAUGAGCACAGAGGAUGGGUAACAGACUUCCUCUACUGGUCUGGUGCUAAGCUUGUGUUGUCUGCAGCUAACGAUGGUUUUAUUGUUGCCUGGGCCUCAGGAGGUGGGGUUUAUGACAGAAUACAGAUUGGCAUGCCCGUGUACUGUAUGGCUAUCAAUCCUAGAAGACAACAGCUUGUUUGUGGAGUUGUCGGGGGUAUCAAGGUCUUCUUAUUGGAUCAAGAGCGAAACUGCGGUCAUGUAGUGAACACAAAGGCCCUGUAUUUUGCCAGAGAACACACAGACAUCGUCAAGUGUAUCAUCUGUAAUGAGUCUCGUAUCUAUUCUGCUGGAUAUGAUCAGAAAUUGGUGAUAUAUGAUUCCUCAUAUACUGGGGAUAACAGCCUGGAACCCAUUGUUAUCAACCAUAAAGCUCACAACGCUGGGAUUUCCUGCCUGAUUCUGGCUAAAGACAAUGAGAACAACACAUGGAUAUUUACUGGAUCUUUUGACAAGACAGUAAAGAUCUGGUCAGCUGACGGCAAACUUGUUCACCGAUUGGACAACUUCGUAAACACAGUGUCUGGUAUCUGUUACGUACCUCAUUGUAAGACUAUCUGGGUGGCCGGGGGCUCGUCUUACGCCAGUCUGUUUGACCCCAAGUCAGGGGAUAAUGUUUCAGAUUUCAUUGGGACGUUCCAGCAUGAGGAAGAGGAAAAGUACUAUCUACAGCAAAUGAGCUUCUCCCCAGAACUGAAUAUGCUGGCAGCAUCAACCAGUCGUCGUCAUAUGAUCGUGUGGAAGUACAACUCCUCAGGCUGUAUCACAGCACUCAAGUGGCGCACCCAGCUGGAGAGUCUCUGCUAUACACGAAAGGUGCCAAUUCUGAUUUUCAGUGGUGACAAUGAAGGAGCUGUCAUAAAGUGGGAGAGGAUGCAGUCUAACCACUUCAUGUACAGCAAGGAGUCUUUUAUCUUAAGUGACUCCAAGAUAAAGAAGACUCGUCGUACAGGUAGCAAAGCGAGGGAGUUGAUGCUUGAGCAACAAGAGUCAGAGGAGGAGAAGGCAAAAACGGAAACUGGCAGCAGCUUUAGCAACAAAGUCAUUACCAGUCAUUACACUUUUAACCAGCCUGUCAUCCCACCUGUCUCCACCCACAAGCAUCCUCAUACGACCAUUUCAAAGAUCAUAUUUGUGGAGAGUCUAGACUACAUUCUGGCGGCCUCAGAGGACAGUAACAUAUAUGUGUGGGGUUUUGACGACGCUGCGGUCGGGGUCCUGAAGAACAUGAGGCCCCAUGACUCUGAGUCAUUGAUCAGGAAAUUUGCUAUAUUACUGGAUAAUGAUUCUGCUCUUCUUCCUCAAAACACCAAAACAACCAAUGAGAGUGAUUCGGUGACCAACAGAGUGGGGUUUGUGUGCAAAUAUGUGUUAUCUGAGCAUGUCAGCUGUGUGACUAAUGUAGUUAUUACCAGAGAGCACGGCUUUAACAGUACUUAUGUGGUGAUACACGACACAUAUCAUAGCUGUAGUACAGAACAGCAGGGAGACCUGACAGACGUGGCCUGUGAUGGGGUUAUCCUGGACAUGGACUACAACCCUGUAGCGAAUGAGUUUGCUUAUGCUUCCUCUGAUAAGAUGGUGUACAUCAGGAAGUUCUCAACCGUGGGGACGAAGAUGAGGCUGGUGAACACGUUACAGGGCCAUGACGGGGACAUCACGUGUGUCGUGUGGAACAAAGUCAGGAACAAGUGGGUCACAGGCUCUGAGGAUUCCACCAUCAGGAUAUGGGCUGGUGAUGGGAUGAACGAGUGUGAGCAGGUGCUAGCAGCUCCAGGAGGGGUCUGCUGUAUGUGUGUGGAUGUGUUCAAUGGCUGUAUAGUGGCAGGGAUGCAGAAUGUCAUCAGAGUGUAUGACACAGAGGAGUAUAGAUUGGUACAGACCAAUAUGGGCCACACAGACUCUGUGAGGAGCAUCAUUCACAUCCCUGAGAGGAAUCAGUAUGUCUCUUGUUCAUGGGACAAAACAAUACGUGUGUGGAACGCGUGGAAGAGGGUUCGCAGGAAAACCAUGCCAAAAUCUGAGAAAGGAGUUCUCAAGAAAGAGGAAUAUCUUACAGAGAGGACUGAGGAAGGUUUUGAAGCGGAUGACAAGGAGCUGGAUGAGGAGAUCAGAGAGGAAAACAGCCCGUCCCCAUGACCCCUGGGGAAUGGAUACCUGUGGGUGGGUGGUGCAAAAGUGGACUUGUAACAGGUGUAUAUGUAUACAUGUAUGUUUUUCCUGCUGAAUUUGGCAUGUUUGCUGGGCUCAUGGGGUUUUGUGUUCUGUACAUUGGAAAUGCUCACACAGACAUGAAAUUGUUACUCUUACAACAGAUUGUUUCCUGAGGUCAGAGAUAUUUGGUAACAUCAGCUUUAACACUGUUCCAUUCUGACUGAAUUAUAGUUAACUUAAAAGUUUCACAUAGUCAUUCAUUUUUUUAUUGGGUUUGUUUUGGUUUUAAUGCAUUUGCUUUGGGUAGCAACACGGGGUAUUGUUUAUUAUUUGGCAUGACUUAAUAAAGCUUUCUUCAUUUUUUAAUAUAUGGGUAUUUUGGGUGGAUUCUUUGGGUUUUGUGGAAAUACUAUAGGGUUUUAUUUCUGGAUCAUUUCAGGCUUAGUUGAGUUUUAGUUUUCCUCCAGUGGCAUUGCUCACUGGUUGACAGUGAUGUGCAGAUUUUUUCUUGUAUGAGUUUGAUGGUCUUAUGAGUCUGAUUGUUAUUCUGUUACAAGGGUAAGGGUGAGUUGUAGAUUUUACUGUGAAAUUCAUGCCAAAGGGAAUAUUUUAGGAUGAGAUAUGGUUUCUGCUCACCUUUUGGUAGGAUUAAGAUGGGCUUAUAAAAUAUGGAAAUUACCUGGAUUUCUUUUUCAGAUAUUAUUUACAAAUAUACAUGAAAUGCAAUUUGGUGUAAAGAGGGGGGAUUGUUUUUAAAUUAAUAUAUAUUAUCCUUUUCACUUCUGUGUGGAAAAUACUUUCCACAUAUCCCAAGGCCUGUUGCUAAAGAAUUUGUCAUGACAUGAUGUUGGUCUGGUGUAAACCGACAGUACAUAUAGACUCAUCAUGUCAUUGGAAUGUUACUGUAUCAUGACCUCAAACACUGCCCUGGGAGCUCUGUUGUACAAGGUAACCCCUGAUAAAAAAAAACAGGUCUGUAGAUUUUCUCAUAAGAUGCUAUAUAUUUGUUGAUACAUGUACUCUUUAUUCUACUCAGAUUUAUUCCAUUGUAUCAAAAGUUUAUGCAGUAUUACAGACGUACAUGUAUAGCACGGCAACUUAUACAGGGCUGAAGAUAAGUGGUUUUCAGAGGUCUGCACAGAGUUGUUUUUGAGGCCAUAAAUGUGUGAUGUAAAACGUCCUGCAAAACUAACUUUGUAUUGUUUGCUGAAAGGUAUGUAUUACUGAAAAGCCAUAAAGACUUUGUAUUCUGUGUUUUCAUGGUUGUUUCUGUGGAAUAUUCUAUCUGUUUUCUUGCGUUGAUGAUUGAAGAAUCAAAUAUGUAUAUUUAUUGUUGUUUUGUGAUAGUUCUGUGUGAUUAUGAGUCAUUUAAAUGAAAACAGUUAUCUCAACAAAAGCUAUCAGCUAUUUUUUUAAAUUAGGAAAUAUAUUUUUAUCUUUUAUUCUCCAUCAUAUAGAGGUGCCUUGUUUGUUUUUAUUUGUAAAUUACUAUAGUAGUACUGUUAGCUAUUCAUUUUCCUGGUUGUCCAUGGUAUUUUGGUAUCUUACAUUUGUGUGCUAUACUGGGUUUGAUUCUACAUCUGGAAUGUAUACAUUUAUUUGUGAAAAA